AUCCGGUGUACUCUGAAUUCCAGGGAUAUUCAGCCUCGUCAACCAUGGCAAGGCUGAGCACAAAUUGACGAAUCGGAGUCCUCAAUUUCCCCGCAAUACCAAAAGUGUUCCGACCUCUGUAAACAAAGAGACCAAAUGACUUCACAAGGCUCAGAACGCAAAAUGCAGAGCGGUACUCCUUCCAACAGUGCCCAAUGGCAUCCCCGCGACCAUAUUGCCCUGUUCGUCCGCACUCUACACCUUCUCGACCUCGACCGUCUACCUGACUUCCCCAACAUCACCGAAUAUACCCUACGCGUGUCCGCCAAAGCAUCCUCGAACCUGCAACAGCGCGUCAAAAGCAUCGAAUGGUCUCUUUAUCGCCUCUACGAAGUCUACGACCCAGCUGACACGCGAUCGAGACUUCGUCCAUACUUCCCACCCUCAACGCCAAUACAGUCCCUAAACCUGCGCGCAGCGCUGUACAAAGUGCUCACAGACCUGAAAAAGAAUGGCGUCCUUUCGCGAGAGAUCGUGCUACGAAAGACGAUGCUCGAUGAAUGUAAGGGCGAGAAAUUUGAGGAACUGCUCGGUGCGUUUAGUAUGCUUGUUUUGCGCAAGACGAUCAACACGAGUACUCGGGGGACCCGAACGACCAACCCAGAUCAUGUCGUCCCAUUGAUCUUGGCGUACCGUGUCUCUCUGCAGACAUCGCUGCGGAGGCGCCAGCAACUGCAGGCAGAGGCAUAUGCUUCAAUGCAAGAUCUGCAAAUGCAACGAGACGACAUUGCAGGACGCAUGGAGAUCGUGGCACAAGCUGAUCAACUUGAGGACUUACCGGUCGAACAGUACGAGAGGCUUAGAGACCAUGUCAAUCAUGCUUUCUCUGCCGAUCGGCGGUGGGCAGAGUACAUCCUUAACGGCAGCCCCUCGGCAGCAAUGACAACGCAAAAAAGGAGUCAGGGUCCGGACGACGGCAAGGCCCACGGUUCUCAAAAAGACCCGAACGCGCUGAUGAGUGAAUUAGUGGCGUCCCUGGCGAAGUAUGAGGAAUGGACGCAGGACUUGGAAAGCCUGCGCGACUCAUUACUCCCUGUACCCGAGAAGGACGAGCAAUCUCAGCCACUGACCACGAAUACAACCUCACAUGCAGGAGAUCACUCCCUAACCGUGGAUGGCACUGCAAGACCUGCCUCUACAACACCGAGACUACGCUUCGAUCAACAUCAGAGCAUGACCCUUCGCAACGUGUACUCACGCACAUGACACGCCGUACAUGACAUGAGAGACCAUGUCACGCCUCUACCUCUCCGCCUUGCAUGAAUAGUCACGAACAUUAUCACGAAUGACGCCUAACGCCUUACGACUUUUUUUUACGCACAAUUCUUCUUGAUCAGAGUC